AUGAAGAAAUCACCAUUGCCGUUGCAAAAUGCAUGUGGCGGUAGUAAGAAUCAGAGUCUGGGAAAGGAAGCUUUGGUGAAGCUAUUGAGGUGGCAUUUUGGGCAUCCUGAAUUCAGAGGCAAGCAAUUGGACGCCAUUGAAGCUGUCUUAUCAGGAAGAGAUUGCUUUUGUCUGAUGCCAACUGGUGGCGGGAAGUCAAUGUGUUAUCAGAUACCGGCCCUCGCCAAGAAAACUGGAAUUGUGCUUGUUGUUUGUCCUUUAAUAGGUGAAUUAGAUGUAUAA